AUGGAGAUCUUCAAGGUCGUCCAGGAGGGGGCGACAUCGGAGCAACGGAAGGAGUGGCUUCGAGUACCUCCGGAGCAUGCCGCGGCCAAAGAAACCUUGAUCUAUUCACACGGAUGCCAUGGACGCACGCUGCUUGGUUCUGCUGCAUGGGGCAAUGAAAGCGACAAGAUGGUCCGGGCUUUGCUCACCGGGGAGGCGAAGGGUGAUGUAAACGUCCUCUUCGGGGCUACACGCGAAUCCGCUCUCCACGUUGCGGCAGCGCGGGGAGCAGAGGAGGCCUCGAGGGCGCUCAUGAUGGCCGGAGCAGACCCAAAUCGGCGUGAUGGGAAGGCUUGCUGCCCGCUCCACCUCGCCGCCGAAGCAGGGCACCAUCGACUCACAGGUGAGACUCCUCUCCACCUUGCUGCCUCCAAGGGUCAUGCGCUGUGCAUCUCCGAGCUCUUGCUGGGGGGCGCAGACAAGGACGCGGUCAAUGCUAGAGGUGAAACGCCACUGUUCAAGGCAGCAACCAACAACCACCUCGGGGCUAUUGAGCAGCUUCUAGCUGCCGGUGCCGACCACAGCAUUCGUACCAUCACGCACAUUUCCCCACUCGAGAUUCUUGCAACCAGAGGAGACGCGACCAUCUUGAAGGCCUUUCUUGACAAAGACAGUAGCCAUGUUCAUGCCACCGAUUGUCUAGGACCCAGUGGCCUUCACCAUGCUGCUUGUGUUGACUGA